AUGUCAGGCCCAAUUCCUUUUCCUAGUCUUCCAGGCUUUGCCCCUCACCAUGACCCAACAGUAAAAUUUACAUAGAAAACCCAGCACAAGCGUGUCAGUGCCCAAAAGCAAGAAGAAAACAAAGAUUACGUAACUGCUAGGUAGGCAAAUCGUCCUCUGCCUUCAUAUCCUCUCCCACGACGUGAAAGUCCAGAAAAGCCAGACCAAACCCGCAUGAUGGACACCCAAUGGCGCUCUACGACACACUCAGUCCAUGCCCCUAUGAAUUCUGAAGAAAUCACUGACCAAUUUGAGCCGACCUUUGUAAAAAUGGACCGACAAGUUUUGAGAUUUUUCGGGUAUUUUAAAGAGCCAAUUGUAGAAAGCAACUUAGAGCACUUCAGAGUGAGGAAAUUGAUUAUUUAUUAUUAUUUAGAAGAUCAUACUCUGUCGGUGAUAGAGCCAAGAGAAGUAAAUUCUGGAACUCCACAAGGACCGUUUAUUAAGAGACAAGCCAUACUGAAAAAUGAUGGAAGCGGAAUGGCCAUUGUGCCGACUGAUUUGAGGGUAGGAGAGAAUAUUGUGAUUUUUGGGAAAAAUAUUAGGAUUGUGGACUGUGACCAAUAUACAAGGGAAUUUUAUGAUUUAAAUCGAAUGAGCCAAGGACCAGCUGAAGAGAUACCUGGCGACCCUUUUGCGAAAAAGAAAGGGGAAAAAGUGGUGCUGGUAAAGGAUGCAGCUAUGAAAGAGUUUUUAGAAAAAUCGUUAGGAGGAGGAAGACCAAAACCUCAGAAACAGUUUUUGGACCAUGAUAGAAAGGUUUUAAGGUUUUUCAGCUCUAGUGGAGGAGAACAUUUUAUUUUGCACUAUUAUUUAGCAGAUGAUACUGUAGAAAUAUUAGAAAUUCACUACCCAAAUGAUGGAAAAGUUGAAUUCCCAGUCUUUCUUAGAAGAAAUAAACUCCCUAACUCUCCGUUCUCAUUCAAGGCGAUAAUUUAUUUUUGAAAAAAAUAGAUCAAAUUUUUCAUGAAAAUUAAAAGUUUUAUCGAUUCAUAAUAUUGUUUAUAAUUACAUUUGCUCCUAUCAAAAUUAGCAAACAAUAGGCAGAUUUUCGAUUUUGUGAUAUUGGGUUUAAAGCUUUUUACAUAUAAAUUCUUAUUUUUUAUAAAAUUUUGUUUUUAAUUUAAAUAGGAGUUCAUUUACUUAAUAAAAUAGAAACUUUGCCGAUAUUUCUUCUAUUAAAGAGGGGAGGAAUAAGAAGUUUGCAAUCGGCCAGCCAGGUCAGCAGCCAGAAGAAAACUCAUUAAAAGAAUACGAAAUCGAGCCAAACAUGAUUUUACAAAUCUACAACCGUCAAUUUGUAAUUGACAGUGCUGACGAAUUUACAGUGAACUACUACAGACAGCACUAUUCUCGAGUUUUCCCAAUAGGCCCAAUCCCAGACCCACCUGAGCGUGAAGUAAACUUACUUACUUACUUAAUUAUCUGGUGUUUAAGGUGUCUAGUGCCGCAGCCCAAAAGGGCCUAUGGCAAAACUGAUGACGUAGGCGAGCCAUCUUGGCACGGGUCAGCCCCGUCCAAGCCUUCUAUCAACUCCUGCUUCACCGGCCUUGCUGCACGUCUCACCCGGCGCGUUGCCGUCGCCCUGUCGCUCGACUCAGCUCCUGCGCGUGUUCCGCCUAAGGGUCAUCCUCCCGUGGGGAUGUGCUGAGAGGUAAAAGCCCGAGAUCUUGAGUGGACUGAGGAGUGGUUCCUUUGGUUAUCCCCAAAGUUAAACCGCUGUUGCUGUCCAGAAGUUCUCGAGUGAAAACCUAACCCUAAUAAUAAAAUUCCAUGAGGGAGAGAAAAUUAGCAAAGCUAAUUUCUCUCGAACCGAAUGCCAUUUUAUUAUUAGAGCGUGAAGUAAACAACAUCGUGAUCCCUCCGCACGACGGUUUAGGUAGUGAAGAAGACUCUUUAGGUUACGUAUAUCGUCUUAUCCCUAAGCCUCCUUAUAAAGACUACUUCAAGUUUAUUGACAACUCCCACCGAAUUCUAAGAUGGACCGCCAGAUUUAACUCUCCUCAGCCAGAAGACGUCGACCGUAGGUUCAUUAUUUCUAUGUUCCUCAAUGACGAUACUCUCCAAAUCCACGAAAUCCCACAAAGAAAUUCAGGUAUUGUGGAAGGUAAAUUCUUGAUCAGAGGGAGAUACAAGAAUGAGAACAGGAAUAACGAGUAUUUCCACCCCGCUGAUUUUAUUUUGGGGACUGAUUUAACAGUGAAUAGAUAUAGAUUCCACAUUGAGAGCUGUGAUGAGCAUACUCAGAAGUGGAUGGAAGAGCAUCUGGGGCAUUAUUAA